UUCCUUGUCUGUUGUCCAAUUAGUUAAAAUGUCACCAAAUCUGUCGUUUAAAGUGCCAAAUUGACGGUGAAAAGUCAGUCUAAAUUUUUGUGUGUGCAAAAUGGACGAGAAAAAACGUACAAUGAGAGGCAUCCCUCUCGACAAACAACGCGUUUGGAGUUAUUUCAUCGAAAUCGAGGAAAAACUCCGCUUGAAAUGGUUCAAAAAAAACGAAGCCCGUUUGGACGAAAUCGCCAAUAAAGUCCACCUGAGACAAGUCCCUGACGAAGUCAAAGAAGAGCUCAAAGAACGCAUGAACAACUACUUCAAAACCAUCGAAAAACGACACACUGUGGUGCACGAUAAUGCACCUCCUCUUGUUGAGGAAGCAGCUCUUCAUAGCAUCAUGCGACCUGUCGAUAAACAAGUCAAGGAUUUGCUGUAUGCAAGUUCGAUAAAUCAGGGACGAAAGGCUUAUUUACAAGAACGCUACAAGAUAAUACCGGAAAAACGAUAUUAUUUUCCUGAAACGACCAGUUUUCAGUACGGAUGGAAUAUGUAUGAGUUUAGUAAAAAUAUAAGAGGGAGUCCGUUUGCCAGACAACAGAUUAUUAAGGAGUCGUUUUAUCGGAGGAGGGGGGUGGCUCAGGACCCAGAAUGGUACAAAGAACCGGCCAAACUCAGUCCGCAAGUUUGUGGAAGGAUUUAGGGAAAAAGUGGGUGUUUUGUGUUGUUUUGGUGUUAAUAAAAAAUAAUUGCUAAAAUU